AGGGGCCUUCAUGACGAGGACGGUGAUGAAGAGGUGGUCCUCUCGAGAUACGAGAAGCUUUGCGAUCUCUACCGUUGAUAUGACGUGGCCAACACCGGCGCAGGGGAUGAACACCAGCUCUGCAGCUUUCUUCAUUUCGAUACGGUGACUGAAGGAAGAGUAGUUUGUCUUUGUUGAUGACAAUGAAUGUGCUUCAAGAGUCAAGUUGUGGUGUUUAAAUAUUCAGACGCAUGCAGCCUAUAUGUGCAGGUAUUCCCUCCAUUUCAAUCAAACAGAACAAGAGUUAGGAGGUAACCCCUAUCGGUGGUCGAGUUGGUAAGAUUGUUCAGGUGUGGAAUUCCCACAUUCAGAUUCGAAUUCCGUCGGCGCUAAUUGAAGUUUAAGAGGGAAUCACAAUGAGUGGUCGAGUUAGUAAAAAUCUUUAGGUGUGAAAUUCUGGCACCCGAAUUUAAAUUCCGUCGACGCUGAUUGGAAUUUAAAUCUCAAUCUAGUCUUGGUGGUUAAGAGAGAUGAAGCGUUUUGAGAAGACACACGGACUAAUCUCUGGCCUUAAAAAGCCUUUGAAGAUACCGAUAAAAAAUAAAAUAAAAUAAAAAGUUACGUUAGGAGGGAAAAUCCACCAAAGCCAUAACCAUGGCUUCCUCUGCUCUUCCCCCACCUCUCUCCACGCCCACUCAAACCCCCAUACCCAACUCUCCUCCUCACAAUCUCUCAUCCCGAACCUUCCCACUGCCAACUCUCGAAACCGCCACAAUUCGCUCCCGCCUAAGCAGUCUCUGCCAAGAAGGCCAACCCCACCUUGCCCGCCAACUGUUCGACACUUUGCCUCGCCCAACUACCCUUCUCUGGAACACCAUCAUCAUUGGCUUCAUCUGCAACAACAUGCCCACUGAAGCCCUCUUGUUCUAUUCCCACAUGAAAAACUCCUCCCCCAGCACCAAAUGUGACCCUUACACUUACUCUUCCACCCUCAAAGCCUGCGCCGAUACCCGCAAUUUCAACAUUGGCAAGGCUGUGCAUUGUCACAUUCUUCGGUGCCUUCCGAACCCAAGUAUGAUUGUGCAGAAUUCGCUAAUGAAUAUGUACUCUUCCUGCAUUGGAAGCUUUGAUCAUGCCAAGUAUGACUUAGUACGCAAGGUGUUUGACACAAUGCGCGAGAGAAAUGUGGUUGCGUGGAACACGUUGGUUUCGUGGUAUUUUAAGACUGAGAGGUAUCGAGGAGCGGUUAAGCAGUUUAGGAUGAUGAUGAGGAUGAGAAUAGCCCCAAGUGCUGUGAGUUUUGUCAAUGUUUUCCCUGCUUUAUCCGCCGUGAGAGACUAUAAAAAUGCCAAUGUUUUAUAUGGUUUGGUUGUUAGAUUUGGCGGUGAGUAUGUGAAUGACUUGUUUGUUGUAAGCUCGGCGAUAUUUAUGUAUGCUGAGCUUGGUUGCCUUGAUUAUGCUAGGAAGAUUUUCGACCGUUGUUUGGGGAGAAACACAGAGAUAUGGAACACCAUGAUUGGUGGGUAUGUUCAGAAUAAUCUUCCUGGGGAAGCAAUCAGCCUUUUCUUUCAAGCCAUACGAUCAGAUCAGGCUGUUCUUGAUGAAGUGACUUUUCUUUCGGUUUUAACUGCAUGUUCACAGUUGCAACAGUUGGAACUAGCUGGACAGUUGCAUGCUUUUAUUACUAAGCAUUUCAGAGUGAUGCCUGUUAUUUUACUAAAUGCAAUUAUGGUGAUGUACUCGAGGUGCAAUUCUAUUGAGACGUCAUUUAAGUUUUUUCAUAAGAUGCCGGAGAGGGAUGCUGUUUCAUGGAAUACCAUGAUCUCUGUGUUUUCUCAGAGUGGCUUGGAUGAUGAGGCUUUAAUGCUUGUUUAUGAGAUGCAAAAACAAAACUUUUUGAUUGAUUCUGUAACUGUAACUGCUCUACUUUCGGCUGCAUCAAAUCUUAGAAACAUAGAUGUUGGACAGCAGACACAUGCUUAUAUUAUUAGGCAUGGAAUAGAAUUUGAGGGAAUGGAAAGUUAUCUCAUAGACAUGUAUGCCAAAUCUGGUUCAGUCAGGAUUGCAGAACGACUUUUCAAAAAGAACUAUAUUGUUGAUAGAGAUCAUGCUACUUGGAAUUCUAUGGUUACAGGGUACACACAGAACGGCAUGAUUGAAGAAGCUUUUGUAGUUUUUAGGAAAAUGCUGGAGCAGAAGCUAAUACCAAAUGCUGUGACCUUAGCAUCAAUUUUCCCUGCUUGCAAUCCAGUGGGGAACAUAGAUAUGGGUAAGCAACUCCAUGGGUUGUCUUUUCGUCACUACCUUGACCGAGACGUCUUCGUGGGAACUGCUCUAAUUGACAUGUACUCAAAAUGUGGUGCACUAACUUAUGCUGAAAAUGUGUUUUUUGAAACCCAUGAAAAGAAUUCUGUCACAUACACCACAAUGAUAUUGGGCUAUGGCCAACAUGGAAUGGGUCAGAAAGCUGUGUCUUUGUUUCACUCAAUGGAGAGAUCUGGCAUUGUACCUGAUGCGGUUACCUUUGUUGCAGUCUUGUCUGCUUGCAGUUAUGCUGGUUUGGUUGAUGAAGGUCUUUCUUUAUAUGAUUCAAUGAAAAUGGAGUACAACAUAAAAUCAUUAACUGCACAUUAUUGUUGUAUAGCGGACAUGUUAGGGAGGGUUGGAAAAGUAGUUGAAGCAUACGAGUUUGUUAUAGGGUUGGGUGAAGAGGGUUACGUGAUAGAAAUUUGGGGAUCACUUCUUGGUGCAUGCAGAAUUCAUAAACAAUUUGAAUUGGGCAAGAUUGUUGCUGAUAAAUUGCUUGAAAUAAAGGCUGCUACUGUCAAGACAGGCUACCAUGUUUUGCUCUCAAAUAUGUAUGCUGAGGAAGGAAAGUGGGAAAUUGUUGAUAAAAUGAGAAAACAAAUGAAGGAGAAAGGUUUGAAGAAGGAGCCUGGCUGUAGUUGGAUUGAGAUUACUGGUUUCCUGAACUGUUUCAUUUCUAGGGACCAAAAGCACCCUCAGUGCAGUGAGAUAUAUGGUAUGUUGGCGGAGUUGACUAUGAUGAUGAAAGAAGCUGGUUAUAGGCCUUCUCUCAAUUCCCAUCUAGAUGCAAUUUUGGAACCUCAUUAGUGAAUCAAAGGAGAACACUUAAUACAAGUUUUUUAGCCAUCUUCUAUAUUCCAUUGCGACUUAAUCUUGGUUUUGGCAAAUUGGAGACAGCUAAUUACGGAUGUCUAGUUGGAUGACUUCUGGCAAGUAAAUUUGACCGUCUUGGUAAUUGAUAUCAGCUAUAUUCAGGUCAUCAAUUGUUGAAAGCAGAUAUGCUCAGAUGUUGCUCAAAUCUGAAUAUGCCAAUAUGGAUGAACUAGUGUCAAAAGUGCUGGACAUACAAUUUUCAGGACUUAAUUUUACAGGUUUCCUUACGAGAGAAUGUCAUGUUUAUACGUGUGGGCACAAUACACAUGGACAACUUGGUCAUGGAGACACCACAGAUAGCACAAGUCCCAUAGAUUAUUGAAUUGCUCAAGCAAAUUGGCUCCACAGUAGAUUGAUGCUAGAGUCCAAGUUAUAUCUUAGCUGUAACUGACAAUGGAGUAGUCUGCAUGCUGAGUUCAACCACAUGUAGUCCAAUUUUUCAAAAGGAAGGGCGUUCAUGUGUUUGAAUCUUUGCAGUGACCUGCAUGCAGGUGCACUUGACUCCAGUGGUUGUUAGAUAAGUCUAGUACUUCAGCUGUGUCGUAAUCCAGGAGUCACCACCUCUGCCGAUAAGCAUGGUACUUCAGCUGUCUGACAGUGCCACUCUUUGAUUUGGUUUUCCAUUCUUCUGCUUCCGAUCAGAGAGUUUAUCCAAUGCCAGCAAAGGCAUGACACAUUUGCGCCUUCGGCUAUGGGAAAUACAAGAAUUAAUGGUAUGUAAACACCAAAUGUCAUAAGCAUACUACAUACAGAAAUAUAGGAAUUUCAGCUGAGGUUGAAUUAAAACACAUUCUGCCGUUCCCGUGGAGAAAGACCCGUUGGCAAGAUAUGAUGAUAUCUUCCUCAGUAAUAUGAUCCUGAUCCAUAUUCACAAAAGUGAAGGUUGAGACAGCUAGCCAUCACCAUGUCUAUCAUACUAUCUCCUUCGAAC